AUGGGGAAGUUCAACGGCCACUUCUACCCAGGGCUGUAUCUUUUCUAUUAUGGACUGUACCAGGCCACGGUGGUGUCCAGGGCUCUAAUAUGCAACGACCCCCUCCUGUGGCCUCCACGGCCCCCCAGGAGUGAGGGGAGGUGGGGCUGGCUGUGGACGCUGUCCUACACGGGGCUGCUGAAGAUGGCGGCCGGCUCCAUGCUCACCCUUUACGUGGUCUUCUGUCUCGAGGACGGAAUGGUGCUGAUGGACAGGCACAUGCUGUCCCGGUUCAUGUACCCCCGGGAGUGGCAGCACCUCACCAUGUUCGUCCUCCUGGCCCUCCUGGGCUGCGUGGAGCUGGCCAGCAGCAGCCUGCUGCCCCGCAGGUGCGUGGCCCUGGAGAAGGGCGCCCUGGCCCUGGCCUUCUACGAGCUCCUGCUGCUGUUUGUGUCACAUGCUCAGGGCUCCGAGAGGGUGGAGCUGCAGGUGCACGCCCUGCUGCUCCCCGUGGUGCUGCUGCUGACCCUGGUGCUGACCGCGCAGCUCUGGGCUCCCGCCGCCUGCCAGCUCUGGCUGAUGGAGAGCUUCCUCUUCCUCGUCAUGGGCUCCUGGCUGGUGCAGGCCGGCUUCAUCCUGUACAGACCCAUCUCCGGCUUCCCCUGGCAGGACGACGACAUCGGCGACAUCAUGUUUGUCACCACUUUCUUCUGCUGGCACGUGAUGGCCGACGCGCUGUGCCUGCUGGCGGUCCACGGCUUCUCCUUCUUCUGGCUGCGUUGCUGCAGCCCCCGCUCGGAGCCGGCGGGGCCCACAGGGGCUCUGCGUCACGCAGGCCCCCCGGGGCCCCUCUACAUGUUGCUGCAGGAGGCAGAGCAGUCUGAGAAGGAGGAGGGGGCUCUCCUCCUGCCACAGGCUCAGCCCGGGCCCUAG